AUCAACUGUAAUACCCGACCGGUUCUAUCCAGCAUUCUUGUGGAGUUGCCCUGGCGAGGUGAGUUAAAGCUUGGACAGGCUCUCCAUCCCGCGAAUGAUGCAUCUCAAGUCAAGUGACUGCGGACUGCCAUUGACUGGAAUACACGGCGCAACAAUGCAGCCCUUAAUUGGUCAUUUAUGAAUGAUGGGCGUCUACCUUUAGGUUCCGAGGUUUUUAGCACUUUUACAGUCACUGAUGCCGUCGUCUUCAUAAACACCCUUGGCUCUCAUCUUUUUUACCUCCAGCCCCCCACUGCUGUGUUGACGGAAGCACCACGGGGGAAGAAUUCAUUUUGCUAAAGCAACGCCGCAGAUGGCCGGAAUUGCGCUAGAAAUAGCCAGGCAGAGAUGAUUUUCCCUUGAGGUUUGUGGUGAGUCCCCCACGCAAAACAGUUACACAAUCAGAAAAAUUCCACAAUUUUCUCAAAACGAAACGUUUGGGAAGCGUAAAGAUACUGACUGUACCAGGUAUCAUUACGUUUGGAAUGUUUCCAAACACAUGAGGGGUCCCUUGCAGUGCGACACGAAUGACAAGGCGGCGUAUAUGCACUAACAACUGAUUGCCAAUCCACGAUGCGAAUUUUUUGACUCAGCAUCUUGCUGAUGCGAACAUGCCGGACCGCUAUACUGUAGAUGGCCGAACAACAAUCAAGGGCCUGCAGCAACCAUUCUUACGCGACAUUGCGACUUGAAGAUUGUCGCGUCUGUGCCGUGGAAAUUGAAUAGAAACUGUUCUAUUCAAUUUCCACAGCAUUGCACCGGUCCAAGUUUACUCUCUCCUGUCAAUGUGGAACAAAGUGGCGUUUCGAGCCCAACUAUCGUACAGCGUGUGUUGGUCGUUUUGGUUGUUCGGGUUGUUUUCUUUUUCUUCUCGCCCCUUUUUUCCUGCAAAAAUAGAAAACCUUGAAAAAUUACUACUGUACAAAAAUCUAGUGCCAAAAAUCAAAACAUCAAUCCAGCUUCACAUGACCCUCCUCCCAGUGCAGCAUACGGCACCGCACAACAUAUACCUCCAUCCGUCUCGCGCUCCCUACUCGCGUUCCUCCUACUUGCGCCUCCCUGCGGCCUCUCUCAUCGCCUGCACAACCGUAUAUUGCUCGGCACGCGCUUAGAAGUUCGCUUGCUUGGGCUUGUUGCGCGCGAAAUCCGAAAGGAAGGGACCUAUGUCUACUAGCUCAAGCUUGGACAGCCUCAGGGGCAUGGGUAUCCCACUUUACGUGGAGCGAGUGGUUACGAAGAGAUCAGAACGGGGACGAUCAAGCAUAUUACAAGUUGAGUACAACACUGGGGAGAAGGUCAAAGUUGGAGACCUUUCAAGCUUAGUAACGUAUAGGCACAUGCUGGCGGGAGACUUAACAGGGAUGGCACUGAGGAACAAUAUGUUGAGCCUCAAGACGAUUGGAAACUUUAUAUAUUCUGCGUCAGUGAGGAUAGAAGGGGGGAAGACUUGCUUCAACUUGGUAAAUGGUGGAUCACGGAGGCUCGGCGUACACUCCAGUAGCGGAGUGUUUUUCUGCCCAGGUUCCGACUUGGAGACGUACGGCAGAACGGGAAUCGGGUCUUCUAGCGCCAGGUGGGUCGACGCACACAUCGAGGCACGCAACGUAGUUCGGGGCGAAGUGAUCAAUCGACUCACGCUCUCGGCCGACACGAUGUAUCUGAUCGGCAGCGGGGUCGACACGGAGCUAACGGGGGUCCGAGAUUCAAUCCCCCAAUGCACCAUUUCCCCUUAUGCUAAAUUUGUCAAGAUCGACUGGUGGCGAAAGAUCGCAGAAGAAGCUGGGAUCACUCUUAACAUCCUUGAGGAAUAUGGAAGACCAGAGGCAGUAAUACUACAAAGAGAUGCUUCCGGAAAUUGGGAGACGGGCCCCAGCUGUAACAAAAGUGAUAUUGAUUGUCCGGAGUGUAAGGACUGCUCAGAAGGGAUUGUUAGACAUGCUGGCCGUUGUGGUUUCCUGUCUGAGGAGGAAGAAGGCAGGUUCGCUGUCUGUGUAGUCCCGGAACAUGCAAUGUUUGAAGCAAAAGCAACUGGUGGCAGAUAUAUGGAAGGAAGAUAUAGGAAAAGGUUAAUUAUGAGGGCCAUUAAAUUGAUCAAAGUGCUCAGAUGUCAUGUGGCAGAUCAAGUGAGAGCCUUAUCCAACACUACUGGAUUGAAGAUGGAAGAGGUGAUUAUGACUAUGACGAGGAUGGGCGAGGUCAGGAGAGAGUUUGCAGCCGCUAAUCUAUGCUUCCUGCUAGAUAGUACCAUGAACGGGGCGCUCGUCCAAAAGUCUCCAGUCCCGGUUACUAUUUUGCAGGGUUCGACUUGGAGACACAGCGGCUCGACCGAGAACCCAGGGAUGAUCAGCGAAAUUACGGGAGUGGCACCUGUAGGCACGGUAGCGGAUUACACCUUCCACGAACGCAGGACAGGGGAUCCAGUGCCUGAGGCCGACGGCGGGAGCGAUCUCAAAGCGGGCACAGACUCUAACGCCGUUUCUGGAGACUCAGUAACUGUACCAACACUUAACGGGGUCAAAUGGGCUGCAUGAGCAGAAGCUGCGGGAUCUGUACGCGACACUUGAGAAGGCACGAACGGUAUACUACGUGCACCAAGUGGCGAUCGAUCAAAUAUAUAAUAGGGCAGCAGAGGACAAGGUGACAGGCAGGGACCUGGACUCUCUUAUUGACGCUUUUCGCGGAGGAAGCACCGAGGGCAGACAAGAAUACGACACACAAUCAAUGCUAUGCACGAAGUGAAUGACGCCCGGAUUAGAAGGAAGAAGAUCAAAUUUAGUGAGAAGUUGAGGGUUGCGCGUAUCGAAGCAGAGGAGCAUAGACUCGAUAACGACAACUGGCUUAAGACAACUUAUGAGUUGUUUAUUAAGGUUUUGGACGUGUCGCUAGGCGAAGCUUUGGGUGCGCUGAGCCAGGUGGAAACGGCUGAGCUCGAGGGAAGAGAGAAGAAAUCAGUUCGGCAUGUUAGUCGGUUUGGGUGUUCGGGUUGUUUUCUUUUUCCUCUCGCUCCUUUUUUCCUGCAACAAUCUAGAAAACCUUCUUCUAAAAUCUCGUGCGAAGAAUCGAAA